AUGCUGAGAUCGGCCGUCAGUGCUCUCCGUUUCGUCCCCCGACGUGCCUACGCCGCUGCUGCCCAAAAGUCGGCUUCUGAGGAGUUGUUGCUGACUCUCGCUUCUCCCAGCGCUGUAUGUAUUUGUCUUUUAUUUUGUUUUACCUUUAGAAGCACGUGUAAUAUCGAAAUUUUAGUCCUUCUUCAACAAGGAAGUCGUCAAGCAGGUUGAUGUCCCAACCCAGGCCGGAGUUGUUGGUGUGUUGGCCAGCCACGUACCUACGAUUGGUGUUCUCAAGCCUGGUGUUGUCAGUGUGACUAAAGCCGACGGUAAGAUUGAUAUUAAACCAAAGAUGGCUCAUUUGCUUUAUUUUAGGAAGUCAGGUUAAGCUUUUCGUCUCAUCAGGCACUCUGUCGGUCAACAUCGACGGUUCCUGCCAAGUUUUGGCCGAGGAGAUCGUUCAAGUUGAAGAUAUCGAUGAAUCGGUAUGUUGCAUUUGGUAUUAUUUGGUAUUCCGAGUUUUAGGCCGCUCGUCAAGAAUUAGAUGCCGCCCAACGCAAGACUGGCGAAGGAUCCGAGGUGGACCGUGCUGAAGCGUCGAUCCGCGCUGAAGUCGCCGAAGCCCUCCUCAAGGCCGCCACUGGCCAACAAUAG